CGCCUACGCUGGGCGGUCUCGUCUUGGACCAACCCCUACCAGCGCGUAUAUAAGCGUCAACCCUCCACUGCCGAGGCCACUCUAGUCCCACCUGCGCGUCACUCGCGCCGUGUCCAGUCGCGAUAAGUGAUUACGACAAACUAAGACAACAUGAGCAUCCCCAUGCAACUCCUCCUGGUCGUUGCAGCGUUCUGCGUCCUCUCCGACGGCGCGCCGGACGCACGCAUAGCCCGCGCCAAGCAACAGCGCCCCACGAGGGGCUUCAAGAAUCUCGAGAUGAUGACAGCUAGGGGCUUCGGCAAACGAGGCAGGGUUUCCACUAGGAGUGAACGAGAUGUGAGCGCCCAAAUUCCACCAGAGAGAAAUUACCGCGCGACGCCAACAUAUAAGAGCCCGGCGCAACAACAGUAUGCAAGAGACUUCGGAAAAAGGACACCAGGAAUGGAACAAGAAGGCGAAGUUCGAGAUCAAACACCGCUGCAACGCUCCUACCGCACGCCAACAUUCCACAGUUCAUCGAGCAAUAAUUACGCAAGGGAUUUCGGGAAAAGAACACCAGAAACGGAACAAGAAGGCGAAGAUCGAGAUCAGACUCCGAUGCAGCGUAGAUAUCGGACGCCAACAUUUAAACCUCCAUCAACUAAUAUUGCGUAUGGUUAUGGGAAACGAACCAUGAAAUUGGAACCCGAAGUGUUAGGUGACAUAGACGAUCUUCUAGAGCGUUCUAACCGGGGACCAACAUUUAAAAGUUCAGUACCAAACUUGGCCAGAGGUUUUGGAAAAAGAACCACAGACAGAGAUUCCGAAGGGGAUGUGCAAGACCAAUUUGAACCAGAACGAUCCAGUCGUACGACGUUCAUAUUCAAAAACUCGGCACCGGUAGGUACUGCCAGAGAUUUUGGGAAAAGAGUACCAGAAAUGGAACCCGAAGUGUACGGUUUGGACAACUUCUGGGAGACGCUGGCCGCACCGGAGAGGGAAGGACAAGAAAUGGAAGAUGACAAGCUUGAAAGCAUCCCUUUGGAUUGGUUCGUGAACGAGAUCGUGAACAACCCCGACUUCGCGCGAUCCGUGGUCCGCAAAUUCGUAGACAUCAACCAGGACGGCAUGCUAUCAUCAGACGAACUGCUCAGGAACGUGUAAAAAGGACUUUUAGGUUAUUUGUUGUAGACAUUUGGAUUAAAUUGUUUCCCGUUAUAUAUAAUAUAUAUGGUAUGUAUAUGUCCCAACACUAUCAAGUUUAUUUGAUAAAUACGACUUUAAAAUGUUACGAUAGGUACUGUGAUAUCAAAUAAAACUUACUAGUUUUGGAAAAAUUGUGGUGAUUAUGUUUUCUCUACUAAUUGUAUAGUUUGUUUAAAGAAUGGAGUAUAUAUCUAUAAUGUUGUAUUAUUGUAAAUAGUUUCUAAAAUAAAUACGAUGUCAAUGGCAUAACAAUUUGUCCAUAAAGUAAUUCCUUAUAUCUGUUUAGGAAGUUAGUACUAUAUGAAUGUGUGUCUUCAAUUUUCACAAAUCUAUACUGAGAAUAUAUAUUUAAUAUUUCGAGAUUUUCGAUGUGCGUCACACUAGUGCGACCUCUGUAUUUUCCCUGUUUUGGUACCGACCAAUAAUACUAGGUAUCAUGUUUGUAUUCAUGUUUUUUCCGUAGAACUUUUUUAUAUAUUUUGAACUAUAUUAUUAAGGUAGUCUAAUAAUAGGCCUUUCUGAUAGAGAUGAAAAUUUUAAAGCUAAAAUCGCAUAGUAUUUUUUUGAUUAAGAUUCUGUUAGAAUUCAAUAUAUUUAAUUGGAUUAUUCAUCAUGAAUUUGUAGAAAAAUACUCGUAAAAUAUGCACAUCGCUUUAUGUACCUAUACUUGUCGAUACAAAUAUUCACAAAUUUAAUGUGAUAUAUUGGCCGGUACUGUACAGUCGAAUUCAUAAAUAUGUGUACAUUUUUUCACCUCAUCGCAACGAAUUAAGGUGCAAAAAUGUACAUAAUAUUUAUGAACUCGACUGUCCAUACAGGAGUUUGAUAUCUAAAGUUGAGACAAUCAUCUUCAUAUUCUUCUUAAUAAUGUAGUUGUUGUUCCAAAUUGAAAUAACUUUUUACAUCAUUUUUAUUUGUAGGUAAAUUACAUACAAUUGUUUUUUUUUUUGUACUGCAUAUCUAGGUUUGGUAGGUAAAUAGUAAUUAUCUGUUAACUUAAUGCAAUGUUAUUUACAAUAAAUAUGUAUGUAUGUAUGUUAAAAUAACAUGUAUUACUUUUUAGAGGUCCUACCACCGUGACGCAUACAUAGUGAAAAAAAAAUUGAUAUUGAAAAUCAAGAAGUAGUACUAAGAGGUAAAAGACUAAAAUAUAUUUUAACGUUAGUGUUUAUCAGUGUACUUUAGUUUCGUCUAAUACAAAAUUGAAAUUUUCAAAAAAGGGGAAAGGCAACAUUUUCUUAGUUAUUGACACAUUUAUUUAGGCUGGGGUUUACUAAGUAAAUUUUCCAAGUUGAAUAAUAUUUUAUAUAACCUAUGACACUCUACAUACAUGCAUGUAAUGUUACAUAAAAUACGAUAAGUUUUAGGCUAACAAGUCAAAUAUUCGAGAAUCAAUGUUUUGGAUACCCAAUGUUUACUUAGUUUGUUGUUAAAUGACACUAUCGACGUUAUGGAUGAAAUAAAUUUAUCGGGU